AUGAAGCCAGAAUUGAAGGCUACAUGGACCCCUGCCAUCAAUGUGCUGACCUUCUUCAUGCUGGUCACUAGCAUAUUGAGUGUCCUCACACGGCUGGGCACAAAAUACUUCAUGGUGAGAAAAUGGGGUCUUGAUGACUUUAUGAGUAUCGGUGCAAUGGUCACCUGUCUUGGACAGUCUAUUGCUGUGUCGAUGGCGACAAAGUCAGGUCUUGGACAGCAUCUCAUUUCGUUGUCGGAUGGGGAGCGAGUGAGUAUGAUGAAGGCCCAAUACGCCGCAAACAUUCUUUUCGUCACCAGCAUGGCCUGCUCUAAACUUGCCCUCGUGAUGUUCAUUCGCAGCUUGACACCAGCCUCGUUGGACCGACGCUUUGCACUCGGAUUGGGAGUGUUCAUUUUACUAUGGACGAUUGCGGGGGGUUUUCACAGCGGCAUUCCAAUGCUCUGUACCAGAUACUUGGGAUUAUCUGCAUGGGAAAUGCUUCCACUUGGUGUUGCCUGGUGGAAUUAUCUUGGAAUCACCAAUAUCCUGUCAGAGAUUGGCAUAGUCGCACAAGCUCUGUUGGUCAUCUUGCGCAUCCAAGCAGACUUCCACAAAAAGGCCGUUUUGGCCAGUGUGUUUCUUCUGCGAGUCGCCGUCGUGAUCGCAAUCAUAUGUCAAUUGGCUUACGCUCACGAGAACGAAAGCACCACUGAUCCGUCCUGGGAUACGUGGACCGUCGCCAUCUCCACCCAGAUGGUCCAGAGCCUGAGCAUUGUCACUGCCUGUUCGCCCCAAUUCAAGCCUUUCCUCGAUAGCCUCCGAUCAUCCGGGAUGAGCCUCGGAGACUCCAGCUAUGAGAGCAAGCAACGAACAUACGGAGCAACCUCUUACUACAAGUCAUCUCGCGUUGGACGUGCCGGCGACAUGCGAAGCGACACCCACGAAUUGGUUCCAAUCCAUGGCGACGGCCUUAACCACACCACUGUAACGUCCACGGCAGACUGCGACACGGAGAGCCAAUCGAGUCAGGCACAGAUUAUUCGCGAGGUUCGGACAUGGACUGUAACAGCGCAACGGGAAUAG